AUGGCGAGAAGCGCUCCGGAAAAGAAUCUGGAGAACUCUCUAAAGACUCCGUAUGUCUUCUACAAAGAUCGAUUGACCUCAUUCAAAAAUUAUAAGUACGACAGUGAUCAAAACGCGACGUGCACAUCGAAGGCGCUUGCACGGGCGGGAUUCGUAUUCUCCGGCGAUAGCUCAGCGGUUUGCCCGUUUUGCGUAAAAUGUCUCGAUUUUGAUCCAGAAGACGAUCCAUGGGAGGAGCAUAAAAAUCGUUGCGGCGACAUUUGCGAGUUUGUUCGGAUCGGGAAGCUCGACGACUCGCAAUUAACAUUCGCUGAAACAAUUGCCCUUGCGACACAUGCCACCACAGUGGCCAAUUAUAAAAAGUUCGAAGCCAUGAUCGAACACAUUCGGAACAAAUCGCUGAUCGAUCUUGUUAUGGGUGAACACAAAAAAGCGGCAAAGCCGUCAACUACGAAAACUUCUCGUCGUGCUAAAUAA